UAUUUUUGAGCAGUAAAAGAAGACACUGAGGACCAAGAUGUUGUGACGCCGUGUUUACAGUUGGGACAGCCAUGUACGUGAGCUCACUCUUGGAGAAGGAGCUCAGCAUGUACCCAGGACCUGCCAGGGCCAGCAACAGCCUGCCCGUGCAGAACUUCGUGUCUGCUCCAGCCUACUCCGACUACAUGGGAUACCCCCCGGUGCCAGGCCUGGACAGCCACGGGCAGCCGGCGCCCGCCUGGGGCUCCCACUACGGCCCCCAGCGCGAGGACUGGAGCGCCUACGGCCCAGGCCCUUCCAGCGCCGCGCCCGCUGCCCACAUCAAUGGCUCGUCCCCUGGCCAGGGCUCCUACAGCUCUGCUGAUUACAGCUCCCUGCACCCCGCUGCUGCUGCUGCGCCCUUACCUCCUGUAGAUACCAUUAAUGCCCAGCAAAUCUCUCCCAACAGCCAAAGGCACAGCUCUUAUGAGUGGAUGAGGAAAACGGUGCAAACCAACACUGCUGGUAAAACAAGAACAAAAGAAAAGUACCGGGUUGUUUACACAGAUCACCAGAGACUGGAAUUAGAGAAGGAAUUUCACUGCAACAGAUACAUUACAAUCAGGAGGAAGUCAGAACUCGCAGCAAACCUGGGUCUCUCCGAAAGACAGGUGAAAAUCUGGUUCCAGAAUCGCCGAGCAAAAGAGAGAAAAAUGAUCAAGAAGAAAAUCUCGCAGUUUGAUGGCAGCGGGGGCUCAGCUCAGAGUGACUCUGGUUCACUCAGUCCAAAUGAACUGUCAAAUUCUCUGUUCCCACCACCACAUGGAAUAAAUGGAUUACAGCCUAAUGACAUUCACCAAGUCAUAGUUUCAGAAUGA